GUGGACAAAGAAGGAAGUAGCGUUGACUGUAAAAUAUGUUUGUUUACUUCAGGUAUUCUGCCAUUUUUAAUUUUGUCUGCAAAUCUGGAGAUCUAUUUUCAUUCGUUGGAAAAACAUAGGCUACCAUAGACUAUUGGGCGUGAUUUACUGAGGCGAGUUUUGUUAAACGGAACUUAAAAGUUACAAUUGUUUACACUGAAAGCGUCGAGCAAAGUUAUUGUCUCCGUAAGGAGAAGAAUGAUGCGGAAGUCAAUCUUUUUAAUGAACAAAGCAUAAGCCAUUUUAAGUCAAAUGUAUAGGCUUUGCUAAUGUAGCCUAGAUGAUUAGAUGUGAUUUAGUGAGCGUGUACACUUAAUGUUUUCAGAUAAGAGGAUGGCAUCUUACCCACGCUCAUCUAAGAGGUCUCUACCUGAGGAGGACCUCACUUGUCCAAUUUGCUAUGACAUUUUCAAGGAUCCCGUAAUUCUUUUGUGCAGUCACAGUAUCUGCAAAGACUGUCUGGAGCAGUUCUGGAGACGCAAGAAAGCUAAACAGUGUCCAGUUUGUAGAAAAAGAUCAUCAGUGGAGAGUCCAGUACUGAACUUGUCUCUGAGGAACCUGUGUGAGGUUUUCCUGAAGGAGAAGAAUCAGAGGGAUGCGGGAAUGCUCUGCAGUCUGCACGAGGAGAGACUUAAACUGUUCUGCCAGGAGGAUAAACAGCCCGUAUGUCUUGUGUGUCAGACUUCCAGGAAACACGCAGGCCAUGAGUUUCUUCCCAUAGAUGAAGCUGCACAAGAUUAUAAGGAACAACUCAAGGCUGUUCUGCUGCCCUUACAAGAGAAGCUGAAAAAAUAUGAAGAGGUUAAAAAGACAUGUGAUCAAACAGCCAAUCAUAUUAAGGCCCAGGCCCAGCAGUCAGAGAAGCAGAUCAAGGCGGAGUUUGAGGGGCUUCACCAGUUUCUAAAAGAUCAAGAAGAAACCAGAAUAAGAACCCUGAAACAUGAAGAGGAGCAGAAGAGUCUGGUGAUGAAGGAGAAGAUCGAUGAGAUGAGCAAGGCCAUAUCCAUUCUUUCAGACAAAAUAACUGCCAUUGAGAAGCAGAUGGUUGCUGAAGACGGAAUCUUCUUGCAGAACUUCAAGGCUACUAUAAAAAGUUCUCAGUGCAUGCUGCAGAAUUCAGAGAGCGUGUCGCUGUCGGGAGCUCUGAUUGAUGUGCCGAAGCACCUCGGCAACCUGAAGUUCAGAGUCCGAGAGAGCAUGGAUCAAUACAUUCCAGUAAUUCUGGACCCAAACACUGCACACUCAUCACUCAUCAUUUCUGAGGAUCUGACCAGCUUCAGAAGAAGUCAUGAUGCACAGGCACUCCCCAAUAAUCCAGAACGCUGCUGUCUCUGGGAAUGUGUCCUGGGCUCUGAGGGCUACAGCUCUGGGUCUCACAGCUGGGAUGUUGAGGUGGUGGAUAGCAGAGACUGGGAUGUUGGCGUCACCACUGAGUCCAACUGGAAGCGCUUCUCAUGGAAGGAAGUGUGGCGCGUCGGGUACAGGGAAUGUGGGCUCCAUUACCCCGGGCCUGUGCAUGUAAUUGAACAGAAACUCCACACCCUCAGAGUGCACCUGGAUUUGGACAGGGGGCAGUUGUCAUUCUUUGAUGCUCUACAAGAUACUCACUUGCAUACUUUUGAACACACAUUCACUGAAAAGGCUUUUCCCUUCUUUUACCUCCUGGACAACCAUACAAUACGUAUUUUACCACUGAACAACAGUUAUUAAACAAUGCAAUUAGAAACUGUGCCAUAAGACACAGAAAACAUAACAGGAUUAAACAGAAGAAAAAUCAAUUGUGUUAGCUUAGCUAUAUGGCCAUAGAUCUUAUUGAGCAAUAUCGCUACAUGCACUAAAUGCUGCAAUUGUACAUUUGAUAUAGUAUACAUGCGCUUCAUCUACGUGGUUGUACAUUACAUACAUUAAUAGCACAACAUAAACAAAAUGCUGCAGUUGUACGUUAUAUACACCAAUACGGUGGUUUCUCAAACCUUUUCUCUCAUUUCCCAUUUGGGAGAGGGUUGGAUUUUCAAGCCUUACCUGUUGUCCUUUGCCCCAACAACAAUGAUAAUGUUAAAACGUUAUUUUCGCACUAUGCAAAAUUUCCUACUAGUUCCUUGGGUCUGAUUUGUUUUUGUUAAUAUGUAGGCCUAAUAAUGACUUCAUUUGUGUGUGAUUGCUUUAUUUUGAUGUAUGGUCAUUAUUUCCGAUAAAGUAAGGCAUUAAUAAAGAUAGGUGGUCCAACAGACUCCAAACAAGCUCCUAUAAAGGAGCUUGUUUAAAGCACGACAUAUGACCAGAAUCCGCUUGGUGUGUGUCAAGUGAUAAAUGACUGUUGCAGCACGGUAUACAGUAUAUUGUCACUACUGCUAUAGUCAUAGUCCUGAGUUCUUGUAUUUAGUUACUAGUUUUGGACUUUUAGUUUGUAGCUCUCUUGUGUCUUUACUUGCUGUUAUUCACUUCCUUUGUUAUACCAACAAUUCAAUUUCAUGUUUAAAGCUACAUUGUGUUAUUUCUUGAGUUGAUUCUUUGCCAGAAUAAAUGUUUUCCUUCAAAAACA